AUGGCAGGAAAAACCAAGGGAAUCAUCGCGGCCUUCAAUGGCCGCCUCACAUUCACCGUGUUUGUCCUGAUGCUCUCUCAGGUCAACUUUGGAUUGGACUUGAGCACCUACAAUACGACCCAGGCAAUGGCUUCCUUCGCGAAAAAGUUCGGCGUCUUUAACCCAGUCACCGGGAGAUACGCCAUCGAGCCGUAUUUCCUGUCUCUACUGAACAGUUUAACGUACGUCGGCCAGGUCGCUGGUGUCAUUCUCGGUGGCUGGCUUGGUCGACACUAUGGUCGACGAAUGUCCUUUUUCGUCAUGUGUUUCUGGGCCGUUUUGUCCGCCAUCUUGCUGGUGACAGCUCAAACCAAGGAACAGAUGCUUGUUGCUCGUGUUCUUAACUACAUCUACAUUGGCCAAGAGCUAGCCACCGUCCCGGUCAUGCAAUCUGAGAUCGUCCCUGCCCAUGUUCGAGGGUUUGUGGUCGGCACUUAUCAGCUUGGGAUUAUGCUUGGGUCAUUCCUAGCAGCUCUCAUCACUUAUGGAACCAAUAAAAUCCAAGGCGAAGCGUCGUUCCGGAUCCCGCUUGGCCUCUUCAUGGUCAUCCCGGUGAUUGUUUUUUUCUCUGUUUUCUUCAUGCCUGAGUCUCCCCGUUGGUAUCUGGUCCGAGAUCGUCAAGAAGAGGCUCUCGCCGCCCUUCGAAAAUAUCGCGAGGGUCGUUUCACCGAGGAGGAGAUUAUGGAAGAGUAUGCCACUCAAGUCGCCAUGAUCAACAUGACGACACAAGACAGAGGCACAUUCAGAGAAAUGUUGCAAGGCACCAAUCUGAGGCGCACCCUGAUCGUCGUGGGUACCAAUUUCUGCAUUCAGAUCACCGGUCAAGCCUUUGCGAGCAAAUAUGGAGCAAUCUUUUUGAAAGAGAUUGGAGCAUUAGAUCCUUUUGCCAUGUCCUGCAUAAACACCGCCAUUUUCAUUGUCCUCACUGUGGCUUCGAUGUUGUUGAUCGACAGACUCGGUCGUCGGUUUAUUCUUCUAACGGGCUCAAUUAUCCAAGCGAGCUCAUUCUUGACCAUGGGCGGCUUGGGAACGAUCGCCGCACCUGACCGUCCUGUCCUGGUGGGAAUCAGUGCGAUGCUUACCAUCUUCUACUCCGGCUUCUCUUUUGGCUGGGCACCAGCUUACCACAUCAUUACCUCGGAGAUCCCAAGCUCUCGAAUGCGUGAUGUCACUUAUACGGUAGCCAGCACCGUCAAUGUUGUCACCCAAUUUGUUGUUGCAUUCACGAUUCCAUAUCUUUGGUAUGAACCAUAUGCCGCCCUCGGUCCCAAGGUUGGCUUUAUCUUUGGGUCAUUCUGUGUUGGUACGACGCUCUUCAUCUACUUUUUUAUUCCAGAAUGUCGGAAGCUUUCCCUCGAGGAAAUCGAUCAUCUCUUCAUGGAGAAAACCCCAACUCGGAAGUUCCGUCGAUACCGCCAUGGCGAGGUUCUGCCACCUUCUAUCAUGGAUAUCGUGGCUAGCAAGCAGGAGAUAGCGCCCACAGUCGAGCAACGAGAAUUCAAAGAUUGA